AUGUAAUCCAAGAUGGCGGUCAGCCCGUACGUGAGUCGGGCAGAGUUAUGGCUGGCAAACUCAAGUUUUCGACCAACUUUCCACCUUCCAAAUGACUUCCAUCCCAGUGUUUUUCUCAAAUGGUUCCCAGGACACAUGGCAAAGGGUCUGUUACGCAGCGCUGUUGAAAUUAUUUUCGAUAACACUGAGGAAACAAUCUCCAAAUGACAACUCAUUCAUUGUUGUUAUAUUUGUUACAGCUUUACGUAUGAUGCAACUCCGAUUACAAAAAUGCGACUGUGUAAUAGAAGUUCAUGAUGCGAGAAUAUCCUUUACAGUGCAAAAAUUUGUAUGAUUAAAGUAAAGCGAGCGAUUAUUAUGCAAACUUGCUAUCAAGGGCUUUCACCCAACACUUCAACCACCCCCCCCCACCCCGCAACAGCCCCCCUCCAACCCGCUUCUGGGUGGAGGAGAUGACUUCCUGGAAACAAGGCUGACUUAAAGUACUAUGUAUGAUCACCUGUAUGUAAUGGAGUUUCCAAACAGUAAUUUUUUGCACUUUUUAAGACCCAAGGUUACAAUAAAGAACAAUAGAAUAAUUGUCAUGAAAGAUUUACACUUACCAAAGUAAAGGACCUUUAAAUAAGCUGUACAGCCUAUUCAAGAUAUAUAGGUGCCGACACUUACGGAUCUUUUUGGGGAUGCAUAUUUACAUGUAUUAAACAGUCAUGUUUUCAGAUCUUUCACUCAAGGCACUGUUUGUGCUGCCUAAAUCCUUGUUCCUUAACUUUACUUAAAUUCCCUUUUCUGGAAGAAAUCCUAAGUUAAAAGAUAAAUUACAAGGACGACCACAUGUCUUGGUGCUGAACAAGGCAGAUCUCUUAGGAAAUACAAAGAAGAAACAGGUACAAUAUUUCAGAAGAUUGGAGCCUCAUGUUUUUCGUGUUUUGUGGUAAGAAAGGAUAUAUAUUGGAUUUACUUACACCUUGGUAAAAUUUACAGAGAGAACCUAUAUAUAGGAUAUUUUAAGUGAUUUUUAUCCUAAUUGCCCAAUUCCCUGCUCUGCUAAUUGGCUAGGACUUGUUUGAUAAUAAUAAUAAUAAUAAUAAUAAUAUUAUGACCAUUACUUUUAUUAUACACAUGUUUUUAUCUGAAUUGAAGGAUAUUCUUACAUGUCUGGAAGAUGACGGUAUCAGAGCAAUGUUUACCGACAGUAAAGCACAGUAUCAUCAUAGUAUCAGAAAGGUAAAGUAUGUCUAGGUAACUCUAUCACAACAGGGGAGUCGCUGUAUGGAUACCUAAGGGGUGUGGAUUUCGUUGCGCACGUUCCAUCAAAUUGUUGGGUUUUCAGGUGAAAUCAUUGCAUACCAAGAACUGUUUUGUAUGGUACUGCUACUGGUGAGCUGCCAGUGCCAAUGUCUGAGCGUACAGUUAGAAAAGAAGGAGAGUUUUUCUUGUGAUACCUUCACUGUUUAACAAGGGAAAGAGGCAGGCGUGGAUCCACACCAAUUUCCACUGUUUUAUGGAAAUCAGUCACAUUUUUCAUAAUAAAUAUAUUUUUAAUGAUAAAAAACACUUUCCAAGUUGAAAUCCUGUCUGAAUGACUUGUUAUGUUAUGACUGCUGUCACCUUUCCUCUCCGCCCGCCUCGUCUAGCUUUUGCUAUUUGCGGGUGGAGAUGGCAAAAUGAUGUGCAUGAAAUAAAGUAUAGUGUGUGUGUGUGUGUGUGUGAAAGGGGACUUAAAGGAGUAAAAAUCCAAAAGAUUUCCCGAGGGAGCCUACCCCCAGACCCCGCAAGAAGCUUGUGCCUUUGGCGCUUACUUAGGAAAUCGGUCAGUAGGGAACUUAAGAUAGAGACGUUUUCGGGGCGACGGCGACCGGACUGGCAGAGUAAUCCUGGAACAGAGGUAGCCGUCGCUUCCCUCCAAAAUUCGAACAUUAAGAUCGCAGUGAACUUAGGAGGACGGCGCCUUGGAAAACUACCGAAGAGGAAAAUAUGGCUUCACAUAAAGAACUAAGAGAAUUAAUGCUUAAUUGCUUGCAUGCAACAACAACAACAACUUUAUUUCACUAUUCCCACAUUAGUACGUGGUAUUACCAACUGUUCUAAACAAUUUUCAAUACACACGUUUCAUUUAUACGAUACUCUAACGGAAAAAGUGAGCUAAAAACACACAAUUAAAUAUCGGAGUUCAUAUUUUUUGUUCGGAUACUUUCAUUUGGCUCGUAGGUGAAUUUUGUCCAUGUAAAUCUCACUUACGGUUUGCUGUUUGCCAUAUUGGAUCAGAUUGGAUCUUGACUAUGUGACAUGAAACAUAGAAACAUUAUAAAGAUGUAAGUUUAGAUAACAGAGCUUGGAAAUCGAGCUUGAAUUGUGACUCAAAGAAAACAAGGAAAAUUUAAGGACGAUAAUCUGCAAAAUUCUGGUUGCUAAAUGCAACAAACCUGAUUGAAAUGAGAGGAAAUACUCACGUUCUCGCCACAACGCUAAACAGACCAGUUUCACGUCGCCGACGGGAGCACGAUGGCAAUGUUAUGAGCAAGAGCAUGCACAAUAGUGCACAAAUCAUGAUGUCACGUCCGGUUGAAGUUGCCGUCGCCCCGAAAACGUGUCCAUCUUAAGUUCCCUAGUAUUUAUCCUAGAUCUACGCCUGAGAAGGGAGAGGUGCUAAAAGUGGGGAGGGGGCGGGGAAGGGGCACUUAUUCUAAGAAAUAGAGUGUAUCAUUGAAAAAGUAAGCAAAGCAUUCUAUUGCGUCAACAGAUAAUUCCCACGGCCCUAGAGGCUAUAAAGGAUGCAGAAUACGAGGGAACAUAUAUCAGACCAGUAAGUGUGAUUUCAUAAUCUACUUUUAAAACUUUUUAAAUCAUUAUAUCAACAAAGGUCUUUAUGGUCUUUGUUUGAUUAAGAGUAUAGAGCAGUGCUAGGGAUGGGUCACAUGUGCUAUGCAAAAUGCAACCGGAAGCACAGGCACAAAAGAUUAUCACAUUCUAUGCAGAUUCAAGCACUAAGAUAUCUCUAUACAUUUGGGUAUCUUGCAUCCCAACAUGGCCAUUAAACAAUCUUCACCUUUGAAUUUUUAGUUUCAUUUGCAUUGUUGUAGUUCACACAUCACAACAAGAAUGCUAGUUGCAUUGGUGCUUGCAAUUAUAUUUACAAUAAGGUUGUUCACACUUAAGCAAUUUGCUUAAUAGAUUCAUUUUUUUCUAAUUUAUCAUAUUAUUGAAUGAAGAUGAUGUGAACUGCAAGAUUACAAAUUUAAAUGGAAAUAUAAUCAUCGCAGCAGUAAUUGCAAUUUACGCAGUUUUAUUGCAAAUUAAACUUGAGAAAAUAUCAGUGCUUCAACAGGAUAUGCAGCAGUGCUCUAGCCACUGAGCUUUGAAGACCAAUGCACUGGAAGUUGGCCAAUUUGUCAAGUUUAUUUACCCGCAUAUAUCAUUUACUAUUUGAUAUUAAUUUAUUUAACCUAAACAAUUUUCUUUCAAGGAACCAGACAAGCCUUACAACAUUCUAAUCUGUGGUUUACCAAAUACUGGAAAGUCUUCUUUAGUCAAUGCACUGAGAAGAAAAUACAUGAAGAAAGGUAUGGGCAAUGUUUUUACUGGAGAUGGGACUGCCAUAUUAUGAGGUCAUCCGAGCCACAAGAAGAUCUAGCCAUUUGCGGAGAAAAGGCAAUACCUUUAUCUCUCAGUUAUGUUAAGAUGUAGACUAUUCCAGGGAUCAAAUUGUCGACCUCCCACAUUGCAGUCAAGUGCUGUACUCAUUAAGGUUGUGUCCUGCCAGGGUUACGGGAUUUGAUUUGAGAAUUUUAUUCUCUCUCUCAAAUGUAAUGUCAAUUCUUGUAACUCUGGUUCUUUGAUUUGUAAUAAUUUGUUGAUGUAAUUUCUGUAAUCAUUGGUCAUGUUAUAGUUUAUGUAUUUCAGGUAAAGGUAGCAGAGUUGGAGCAGUCCCUGGGAUAACCACUUCUAUUGAAAAUAGAAUCAAGGUAACUCUUUACUGCUGUCACAUUAAUUAAAACAUGAACAGUUUAUAAAAUGCUUUUCGAAUGUUCAAGCUUAAUUCGUAUUUGAUUUAUGUGUUAUAUAUUCCAGGUUUGUGAUGAGCCAGUGGCAUACAUGUAUGAUACGCCAGGUAAAAAUUCUUGGUUUACAACCAUGUGACAAUUAAAGGCAGCCAUGUUGGUGGUCAAUAUAAUAAACAUUUCUAGUAGAAUUGACAUGAAAAUGAAGUUUAGUUCCCAGAGGAAAGAAAUGCUUUUGUUUGGCCGCCAUGACAUCACGUGCAAACCAGCAAUAAACUGGAAACACUUGUAGUAUGUACUGAAAAAACCAAGCUGGAACCUGCUACAGUUACAAAGUUUUUGAUUGCUUUAUUAACAUGUAUGUAUGGCUUUUCUCAUCUCCUCAAGGUAUCAUGGCUCCGUACAUACCAACAGCAGAAGUGGGAAUGAAACUGGCUUUAACAGGUACUGUUAUUAUUACUGUUAAAUUGUCUGUUAAAAAUUAGCAAGACGCGUGUCUACAUUGUUUCUAAGCUGAACAAAAGUGUUCUGUUAACCAUGAAGUCUUUAACAACGUGCAUGCUUUCUUGGCUGUAAUUAAAUCAUAUGGAAAAUUAAACAGGUUGUUUUGUUAUUGUGGAAUGAACUUAUAUAGUAGUUGACUCAAUGAAAAAAAAAACUUUAGACAUUAAUUUUAAAGUGUCACAUUACCUGAAUUUGUUUGCAGGAUGUUUUAAAGACCAUGUCGUGGGUGAAGAUCUCAUUGCUGACUAUCUGUUAUUCACUUUGAAUAAACAGAAGUGUUUCAAGUGAGUCAUAAAAUAAUGAGAACUAUUUAAACUAUUUAUUUUUAUCCAUUUUCAACUUCCACUAGUUGACAUUAGAUUGAUGCAUCCUUUGGAUACUUUGUACCACAACGAUCAGUUUGAACCAUCUUUUUUUACAGACAGUCUUGUCACUUUAGCUGACUUUCUGGUGAUAUUAAUAUCUUAAUGUAAUCUUAAUAAUGUUAUAAAGUGUUUCCCUGGUUAUUAAGCCAAAAACCAUAAAUAUGUUUUUAUUUUAGAUAUGUUGAUAUGAUUGGUCUCACGGACCCCAGUGAUAGUAUUGAUUUUGUCAUGAGGCAGCUUGCUGUGAAGCUCCAGGGACCAAGAUCAGGUAAUGGGCAUGGGGCCCUAUUAGGGUAGAAUUUCCACAAGUGAUGUGGUAUUGAAAAAGCAGCACAAGAGUACAUGAAAUGACAACAAAUAAAAUAUAGAUGGUUUAAAUACCAACAGGGACAUGGCAUACUCCUCAAAAUGCGAAAUGACCGUAUUUAAAAUUCAGACUAGGGACAUAUGCACUGCCCUCCCUAGGAGGGCCUUGGUAAUUAUUUAUUUUACAACCAUCCUUCCCAUGGAAGUAUGUGUUGAAAACUUAAAACACGUUAGGGUAAAAUGGCAACGGGAAUGUCACUUUUUGGGAAAAUUAAAACAUUCAUCCUAUAUGUAAUUAAUUUUAUAUUGUUCCUUUUAGGUAGAACACCAGAUUAUCUAAAAGCCCAUGUUCAUUUCAUCUCAAGAUUCAGAAGAGGACUCCUUGGCAGCACACUGCUAGAUGAACUACCAGAGAGAUGACACUCAGUCAAAAGAACUUUAUCUGUUUGCAAAAUAGAG